GGGCGGGCCGCCCGCUACGCAGGCGGCGUAAACGCUUACGGGAGUCGCCGUAGACGGCGGCAGCACUGGGACUUUGCCUCCGCUCCGUGCCCGACAUGGCGGCCCCUCGGCCCGCCCGCCUCCUCAGCCUCCUCCGCGCCGCCGCGUCCUCGUCCUUCUGCCGCCGCUGGCUCCUCUCCCCCUCCCCGGCAGCUGGGACGAGGCCGGGCUGCGGCUCCGCUGCCCUGUUGGCCCGGCCCUUCGGCUUCUCCGCCCGGGCGGCGCGCAGCUCAGAAGAUAAAAUAACCGUUCACUUCAUCAAUCGUGAUGGUGAAAAACUAACGGCCAAAGGAAAACCUGGAGAUUCACUGCUGGAUGUUGUUGUUGAAAAUAAUCUAGACAUAGAUGGUUUUGGUGCGUGUGAAGGAACAUUAGCCUGUUCGACUUGCCACUUAAUCUUUGAAGACCACAUAUUUGAGAAGCUAGAGGCAAUUACUGAUGAAGAGAUGGACAUGUUAGACCUGGCAUACGGCCUCACAGAAACAUCACGUCUAGGCUGCCAGAUCUGCUUGAAGAAAUCAAUGGAGAAUAUGACUGUUCGAGUACCAGAAGCUGUCGCUGAUGCUAGACAAUCAGUAGAUAUGAGUAAAAACUCCUAAAAGAAGAUAUCGUAGGAGUUUUAAAGAAGCUUAAUUAUUUUUAUAACUUAUUUUUAAAUGUAUAAUUAAAUAUGGAAACUUACAUAAUUGUGAGUUAUUUUAUAUGACUAUCAAUACUAGAUUGAUGCUAUUUUAAUUUUCUGUAUAGAACCUCCUAUAUUUUUACGCUUAAGAUGCAAUAAUACUUCUAACUGAUCAUUGGACUAUAAACGUUAGCAAGUGUAUUACAGGUUUCAUAGAAUAUUGAUCUGCCAAAACCUUUUAAUAAUGUUUGAAAACUGAAUCACUUCUACAGGACCUCUAAAACCCCUGGGGUAUAGAUCUGUUAGAGAGCACAACUUGUAAGACUGCACGAGGUCUUUUUAAGUAAUGCCAUUAAAGGUGGUGUGCUCAGAACUAACUCACUUUCUCACUAAUUAUGAUACUUCCUUAGCAAAUAGUGGAUUUUCAGGGUAGGGAUUUUACAAACUUUAGGAACUCAUUAGAGAUGUGGCAAAUUCUGUCUCACAGAAAUACUGUUAAAAUCAUAAAAUCUAGGGGCCAGUAAAGAAUGUGGGCACCUGUCGAUUAAUUGUUGCGGCACGCCACAAGUGUGGAGAUCCACGUGGCUUAGAGUAAGGGCUUGGAGCUGUCUAAUGGGUGAGCACAACUAGAGGAGGUGAAUGCAACUUCUUGCCAUUCUCUGGAGCUUGGAUGGCUAAGUUGGGGCUGAAGAAAGCAGGGUUUCUCAAUGUAAUGUUUGUUCUGAAUCAUUGUCUCUUGUUUUUCCCAUUUUUCGAGCUUGUUCAGGAGGCAGUCUGAUGUUAGCUAAGGCAUUCAGCGUGAAGAGAGUCCUGGAUUCUGUGCCUUGCUCCCAAAUCAUUUCAGUGAUUGAUGAGAAAUGACUAGGUACGUUUUUCCCAUAAAGAUGCGCUGGGUUUCCCAGAAGGGGUAGGGAGAUCCCUGUGGUGGGAUAUCAUGUGGAGUGAUGAUUGAGAGCUUUCAUUUGGGUCUGGUUUUAGGCAUUCUAAAGUAGGGAAAAAUGAAAUGAUGUCUCUAAGACUCUAUUAGUUUCUUUUUUUUUUUUUUUUUUGGCCAAAAUAAUUAAAUGAAAUGGCUGUCACUAAUACAAUAGGAGAAGAUCAUAGAAGAUUGUAGUUGUUACUGUUAUGAUUUUGGGCAUAUACUUAUGUCUAGAUCAUGUUUAUUUACAUUUGAAUGAUCUAAUGUAUUCAUCAAUGCUUUAACUGAACUGGUGACAGUGACACCUAGAAAUCUUUUCUUGCAUUAUUAUAUUUAUGGGAGAGGGGAAAAAAUACUAUCUUUCCAAUGUUGAAUAUUGGAGUUAUUUUGAGCUUCAUAAAGCAAAAAAAAAAGUUACAGGAAAUAAAUAUUUUCUAGAACUGUAUUGAAAAUAAUAGAUGUAGUUUGGAAUCCCUGAUUUCCUCUCUGAGUAGGUAUUUCUUUGUUUUGUGGUGGUCACUUGGGACCUCCCUCUAAAGCAAGGUAUGCUUAAUGCAGUCUGCUCAGAGAACUUAAUCGUUAGGGGUUUCAAAACUCACUUGGUAGCUCGUCUAAUUAAAAAUAUGACUUAAGAGUUUAAACAUCCUGACUUUUUGAAAGAUGAAGAGAACGAGGUUGGGCAGAAAGGUGGAAAUAAAUUGAAGUGUUCUGAAGAUACUGCUGCUUCUUUUGUAACUGCUGUGAGUAACCAUAGUUUAGCAGUUACCCCUCCCACCAUCACAUAAGGUAAAUUGCCUCUGUUUGUGUUGCCUUUAUCCUGAGUUCACUUACAUACAGCAGUUCUUACUAAAUAAUGAAUUUUUUUUUAUAUUUUUACAUGAGACACAGAUUCUUAGCUUCCAAGAGAGAACUCAGGUCAUAACCAGAUGUACUGUACGUCCUUACAUAGGAAAGAAAAGAAAACUGAGGUUUCACCAUAGCUGUGGCAUUUGGGGUGGGAUGUGUUUGGUUGUGUGGCUUUUUGUUUGUUUGUUUUGGUUUGUUUUUAAACCUACAGCACACAGCGCUUCUUGUGGGAAUCUUGAAGUGCUUAGCACUGUGUUAAACAAAUGUGAAACAGCUAUCAUGCAAGUUUCCUUGUAAACCAAGGUGGUUUCAUUGUGUGUUUUACGUGAUAGCUUCCUGUUAAAAGACUUUGUGUGUCUCCCAUAGUGUGCCUGUGGAAGGAAUUGUUUAAUACAGCAAGGCAAAAAAAUAAAGACACUUCAAAGCUCAUUUUGAAUUCUAGAGGUGUCCCAUAGUGCAUAUAAAUGGAAAUCUCAGAAGGCAAAAGAACCAUCAUGUAAUCCCCAAGAUGCACAUCCAGGAUAUACUUGUUUCCUUAUUGUCAAUGAUUUGCAAAUAAAUCUUAUUUUAUACUACUUUGA